AUGGAGAUCAUCGACGUGUGGGAAGCAAAUUUACUGGAGCAGUUGGAGUCGAUCGCUGUUCUUCGCCGCUGCUUCCCGAUCGUCGCCAUGGACACCGAGUUCUCCGGCUUCCUCCACUCCACGCCUCGCCACGCCGCCGAGGAGCGCAGAUACCGCGACCUCAAGUACAAUGUCGACAACCUCUGCAUGAUCCAGCUAGGGAUCGCCCUUUUCGACGACGCCGGCAACCACCCCGGAAUGGCAUGGCAGAUCAAUUUCUCGGACUUCGACCCCGACGUCGACCCCUGCUCGCCGGCGUCCAUCGACCUGCUGACGAACAGCGGUAUCGACGUCCAAAGAAACCGGCGCGAGGGUAUUUCUUCCGUUCGCUACGCCGCUCUGCUACGGGAGAAACUGUUCGAUCACCACGGCGGUGCGUUCGUCACGUUCCACGGCUCGUACGAUGUGGGCUAUUUGAUGAAGUUGCUCGCCGGCGGAAGGCCUCUGCCGGAGACAUCAGGAGAGUUUAUAAUGGCGGCGAGUGGCAUCUUUAACGGAAGACUCUACGACGUCAAGUACAUGGCGCGUUUCUGCCCGGGGCUACUCGGCGGAGAGGUUGGCUUGAUGAAGCUCGCGAGUAUGCUGAACGUGGAGGCCGUUGGCGUGGCACAUCAGGCGGGAUUUGACAGUUUGGUCACCGGACUGACCUUCCAGGAGAUGCAUAAGAGGUGGGCAGUCAUGGGCGAUCGGGACUCCAUGAUUCUCUAUGGAUUGGAGAGUGUUUGCCAUGAAAGCAAGAGAGCUUCUUCGCUCGGUCCUCUUCGGCGCCCAUGGACUUUACCAGCUGGGCGCUUCUUGAUUGCGCCUCCGAUGGUGCGCCCACCUUUGGCUUUCCCGUCUCCAUACUUUGGCGGCGGCGGUGCCGGCCAUGGCCAUGUUCAUCUGUUGCCGCCGGCUACACCGCUUAUCGGACGAACCGACAUGAUCUACAGUCUACAGAAUGACAACACAGGGACGGGGAAAAGCGUGUGGAAGCGGAAUCGGCGCGAACCAUCCGAUACGCGGCGUCGCCGGCGGCAACAGAGGGACAGGGCCAUGGCCGGUGCCGCCGCCGCCGCCAAAGUAUGGAGACGGGAAAGCCAAAGGUGGGCGCACCGUCGGCGGCGCAAUCAUGAAGCGCCCAGGUGCUAA